AUGCUACAACCAGCACUCCGAACGCAGCUCGCGGCGCCAAUCCGCUCAUGCCAAUUACCCGCACGUCGUCUACUUUCUGCGACCUCCCCCGUACAAGAUCCCCGCAAAGCCAAUUUGGACAACGCGCCGGCAAAGCCGCACACCAUCGACCCGCGAUGGCUUACAAUGAUAAAGCGACGAAUCGGGAAAUGCAUGAUGUUUGGACUACGGCCAGAUCAGAUCAAUGAAGGAGGACAGAUUCUACAGCAAUUGGCCAAUGAUUGGCGUGAAUUGCUUGCUGGAAGUGAGGGUUUCUUGACCGAUAAGAAGCGUCGCAGUUUGUUUAAGCAUAAUGUUGUCUGGGGCCAUGUCAACAACGUCACCUAUGUUCGAUAUGCCGAGACAGCCCGAGUGAACUGGACACGAAACAUCGGAACCUACAUCGAUCCUGCAAAUAAGAAAGAAUGGAUAAACCUAGUUGGCUCUACGGGGGUUGGACUCAUCCUGCGAAGCAUCAAGGUGGACUACAAAUUUCCCAUGACAUCGCCCGACAAGAUAACUGUUUACCAAAGGCUAGUCCCCGACCCAAACUCAUUCCUCUCCAGACAAUCUGCAUUCCAGCUGCAGGUCAUGAUCCUCUCGGAAGCCAAGCAACGUCCUGCUGCUCGUUGCCACGAGGAUAUUGUCACAUAUGACUACAAGAGGAACCAGAAGACGCACAAUCUUCCUCCUUUUGUCAUGGAACAGUUUAAGGUCAUCUAUGAAUUGCAGGAACAAGCCCAGAAGGAAUGGCAGCAGCAAAUUGCCGAGAUUGAGAAUCGAGUGCGGACUCUUGAACUUGAGAGCUGGGAUCGUGUAGAUGCCAUUGAGGAUAAUGGGUCUUCUUAA